AUGGACCCGGACUUCUCCCGGGCGAGCGGCGGCCCGAGCUUCGAGUUCGCCUUCAACUCGGUCAACUUCUCCGACCGGGUCCUGCGGAUCGAGAUCGUCGCCGGGGACGACGCGCCGGGGGCCAAGGGCGCCGCGGGCGAGGGGUGCUCCUCCAUCGCCGACUGGGCGCGCCACCGCAAGCGCCGCAGGGAGGACCUCCGCCGCGACAAAGGUGGGGAAGGUUGGCCUACGUCUCGUCAUCAUUUCGAAUGUGGAAAGUAUAUGUCAGAACCAGCAAACAUCAAAAUUGAAGCAGAUGAACGUGAUACCUAUGAGGAAACCAACGAGGAGCCUGUAGCUAUGAUAGAAGAAUCUCCACCUGAUAUUGGACAAGAUGGUGAGGAUGGAGAAAGCAGUGACUCAUCCUGGAAUAUGGAGUGCAAUCAGGUUUUGAGAGUGAAGUCUAUAUAUAUCAGCUCUGCGAUUCUAGCUGCAAAAAGUCCCUUCUUUUACAAGCUUUUCUCAAAUGGCAUGAAAGAAUCCGACCAGAGGCAUGCAACUCUUAGAAUAACUGCUUCAGAGGAAAGUGCCCUUAUGGAGCUUUUAAGUUUUAUUUACAGUGGAAAGUUGACGACCAAUCAGCCAACCCUUCUGCUUGAUAUCUUGAUGAUGUCUGACAAAUUUGAAGUUGUUUCUUGCAUGAGACACUGCAGUCAACUACUAAGAAGCUUACCUAUGACCACAGAAUCUGCACUUCUCUAUCUAGAUCUGCCUUCCAGCAUUUCAAUGGCUGCAGCAGUUCAGCCACUGACUGAUGCUGCCAAGGAAUUCCUCGCCAACAAAUACAAGGAUUUGACUAAGUUUCAGGAUGAAGUGAUGAACAUCCCCCUUGCUGGGAUUGAAGCCAUCUUAUGUAGUAAUGACCUUCAGGUGGCAUCAGAGGACGCAGUCUAUGACUUCGUGAUCAAAUGGGCUCGUGCUCAAUACUCAAGAACGGAAGAAAGACGUGAAGUCUUGGGGACUCGUUUGCUGCCACUUGUUAGGUUUUCUCAUAUGACCUGCAGGAAGUUGCGGAAGGUCCUUGCAUGCAGUGAUCUGGAUAAUGAGCAAGCAACUAAAAGUGUCACUGAUGCACUCCUGUACAAAGCUGAUGCACCACAUCGACAGCGCGCCCUUGCUACAGAUGUGUUGACCUCUAGGAAAUAUACUGAACGAGCUUACAAAUAUCGCCCACUUAAGGUGGUGGAAUUUGACCGACCGUAUCCUCAAUGCAUAGCAUACUUGGAUCUGAAGCGCGAGGAGUGUGGCCGACUAUUCCCAUCUGGGCGGAUUUACUCGCAAGCAUUCCAUCUUGCUGGACAGGGAUUCUUCCUCUCAGCACAUUGCAACAUGGAUCAGCAAAGCGCUUUCCACUGCUUUGGUCUCUUCUUGGGGAUGCAAGAGAAAGGCUCAACGAGUGUUACCGUGGACUACGAGUUUGCUGCAAGGACAAGGCCAUCGGGUGAGUUUGUCAGUAAGUACAAGGGCUGCUACACCUUCACUGGUGGAAAGGCGGUUGGCUACCGCAAUCUCUUCGCAAUUCCCUGGCCGUCGUUUAUGGCUGAUGAUAGCCUCUUCUUCAUCAAUGGGGUACUACAUCUGAGAGCAGAAUUGACCAUAAAGCAACUCUAG